GCUCAGAUUUAAUUGGGGGGGAAAAAAAGAAAAAGAAAAACAUCAAGUAAUUUCCCAAAUGACACGAUAGAAAAACAAUCUUUUAUACAGCCUAUAUCGAGCAUCCCCAUUCCUGUCAACAUACAUCUGCCACCAAAGAUCGCCCCAUUGACAGCACAGGUGAUCAAUUAUUGCCGAUAUGGCAUCGCUGAGAGCAUCUUUAACGUCCCCCUCCACAUGUAAUUACAGCGAUGGCUGAGGGAGAUGCGGUCGGUAAUCAAUAGGCGCUUGCAGGUACGCGCUGCUGCCUCUUCACACGCGCGCACACGCGCACCGUCUCGCUUGUUUUCUUACCCAGCGCUGAAUGUGAGACGUCAGCGUCACCACCGCAGCCCGUAGACACACACAGCCUGCGGCCACACGUUUUUACGACCGACCGCGUCUGGAAGAAGCGAAGCCCGGAUAGCGCUACAUAUUGGCAAGCGAACAUUUCCCCGCUGCGUUAUCACCUUUUCUAAGGAGACCAGAUAAGGCCAAUCCAUGACAGUCUCGCGUCGCGCACAACGUCUUUGCGCAUCCCACAGCAGCGGCGUCUCAUCUCGGAAUUGCUGAAAAUACUAUAAGACGUUACACGACGCCGAAUGCACCGCGCUAGACCUGCUAUGGUUCAAGGAAUGGCUCGCUGGGGGUUGUGUGGGGUUUUAUUCGGGCUGCUGAGGCUCAGCUCUGCUUGUCCUGUGUCGUGCUUUUGCAAUGCCUCGAGGAUCUCGUGUAUCGAUCAAGAACCAGGCAUCGAGGAUUUCCCUGUCUUGGUGCCGGAGUCCGACAUGGAGAACAUUACGGAUAUAUACAUCUCAAAUCAAAAAAGGCUACUUACAAUCAACGAGGACCAUAUGAAGUUCUACUCAAAUCUCAGGAAUUUAACAGUGACCAAUACUCACCUGACAUAUAUAUCUACGAUGGCCUUCUUCAACAAUUCCAAACUUCAAUAUCUGAAUCUCAGAGACAAUAAUUUAUCAACACUCUCUUGGAGAGCACUUCGUAAUUCAAACUUGUCGACUUUGUUGCUCUCUGGGAACCCUUUGCAAUGUGAAUGUAAGAACAUCUGGAUCAAAGUCUGGUUGGAUGACAGUGAGAGAGAGGGGUUGCAGUGUCUACAGGAAGGAGGAAGAGCAAAAGCCCUCUCUAGACUCACUCUUAAAUUAUGCGAGUAUCCACGUGUCGAGGUUAUCCCUGCUGUUGUCAAUCAAAUGGCAGGAAGUGAUGCUACAGUGAUGUGUAGUGUGUCUGGAGCCCCGACCCCUGAGCUCUCCUGGAGCUUAAACUCCAGCGAUCACCCUCCUCUCUCAACCAGCCAUGAGAUUUCUCACAAAAUGGAGCUGCAGUCUAUUCUGACUCUAAGUGGACUUUCACCUGAUGACAACGGCCGAGAGCUCACCUGUAGUGCUGAGAACAUUGUGGGCCAGACUGAGGCUUCAGUCCUUCUCAACAUUCUUUUUCCCCCUACUAUCGUGCAGCUGUAUCAGCCCGUGAGGAACCAGGACUGGUGCAUCCCUUUCACUGUGAUGGGCAACCCGAGGCCUGACCUGCACUGGUACCACGAGGGGAAGCUGCUGGAGGAGCAGCAGUACAUCAGGACCGAAAUCCAUGAAAUCACGGAUACGGAGUACCAUGGCUGUCUGCAGCUGGUCAUUCCCACUCAUAUCCAUAACGGCAUCUACACGCUGGUGGCUAGCAAUGAGUUCGGAGAGGACAGGGGAAACGUGACGGCACACUUCAUGCACACACCUGAUGAGGACCACUCAGGGACAGAGGGAAUGUUUUAUUACGACACAACAUAUAGUCCAGAUACCCCACCACCGGAGGAAAAAGUAGCGGUCUAUAUAGUGGUUGGAAUUGCAGGGGUUGCUUUAACUGGAUGUAUCCUGAUGUUAGUUUUCCUCAAGUAUGGCAGAAGCUCCAAAUUUGGAUUGAAAGGCUCUUCCUCCGUCAUCAGUAAUGACGAUGACUCUGCCAGCCCCCUCCACCAUGUUUCCAACGGCAACAACACGCCGUCCUCAUCGGAGAUGGGCCCAGAUGCCGUUAUUAUCGGAAUGACAAAGAUUCCAGUCAUCGAGAACCCCCAGUACUUCCGCAACCCCGGCAGCCUACUGAAAUCGGACACUUUCGUCCAACAUAUAAAGCGUCACAAUAUUCUGCUAAAGAGAGAGCUUGGAGAAGGGGCUUUUGGGAAAGUGUUCUUGGCUGAAUGCUACAACUUGUCUCCUGACCAAGAGAAGAUAUUGGUGGCUGUUAAGACCCUGAAAGAAGCCAGCGAAAGUGGGCGAGCAGACUUCUACCGAGAGGCCGAGCUCCUGACCAACCUGCAGCAUGAGCACAUUGUCAAGUUUUAUGGCGUGUGUGUAGAAAGCGACCCUCUCAUCAUGGUGUUUGAGUAUAUGAAACAUGGAGACCUCAACAGAUUUCUCAGGGCUCAUGGUCCAGAUGCGGUGCUGAUGGCAGACGGACAGCACAGUUUGCUGGUGGAGUUAACCCAGCCUCAGAUGCUGCACAUUGCUCAGCAGAUAGCAGCAGGCAUGGUGUAUCUGGCCUCCCAGCAUUUUGUGCACAGAGACCUGGCCACACGCAACUGCCUGGUGGGAGAGAACCUGCUUGUCAAGAUAGGAGACUUCGGCAUGUCCAGAGAUGUGUACAGCACCGACUACUACAGGGUGGGUGGUCACACCAUGCUGCCCAUCCGCUGGAUGCCCCCCGAGAGCAUCAUGUACAGGAGAUUCACCACAGAGAGUGACGUGUGGAGUUUGGGUGUGGUCCUCUGGGAAAUAUUCACAUAUGGCAAACAACCCUGGUACCAGCUCUCAAACAACGAGGUGAUCGAGUGUAUCACACAGGGUCGGGUGUUGCAGAGACCUCGUACUUGUCCCAAAGAGGUGUAUGACCUGAUGCUGGGCUGCUGGCAGAGGGAGCCCUACAUGAGACUCAACAUCAAAGAAAUCCACAACCUGCUCCAGAGCCUGGCCAAGGCCUCGCCUGUGUACUUGGACAUCCUGGGCUGAUUCGUUUGCCAGUAUGGGUGUGUAAUUGUUAGCGAGAAAAAGUGUGUGUGAAUGUGUGGUAUAAAAGGAGUAAGGGAUGGUUUCGAUUUGAAUGAGUGAUUGAAUAUAGAUGUGUGUGUUCAUAAAAAUGGCUUGUGCUUCAGCCUUCUCACCACAUAGACUAAAGGCCUUAAAGUUUUGAGUUCUUUCCACAUCUGGACAUGUCCAUAUCUGUCGAGCAUCACUAUGUUUUCUAUAAACCCCAAAAGGUCUACAAAUUGUUGUAAAUAUGCGUCAGAGACUAUGUAGACCCUUUGUUUAACAACCUUUUUGAAAAAGGUCAUUCGGUGUAGGAGAGUUUAUGUGUGUUUUACUUUUACCAUUUGUUUUAUCGAGAUGGACAGAAUUCGGACUUGAUGAGGACCCAGUCAUUAGCACAACGCUGUCAAAGCCCUGGCGACAUUCUGGCAGACUUUACGCAAAUCGCAAUACUAUUUAUACCGCAAACGAUCGAGUAACAAUCAUGGAACUGCCAGAUUCAUGUUUCUUUUUUUCUUUUUUUUUACACAUCUGAUCUAAUUUUAGACUAAUCUGUGCCAAGUUUUGAUGUCUAAUGCUGAGGUCGAUGAAAGGCGUUUUUGGACAUGACUGUGCGCCCCAUCUUACUCAGUGCAAACUUUGUAAUAGAAGCACAGCGACAGACUUUUUUUUUCCUUUGGAAGAGGAUUGAGGUUGGACACGGUGUUUGGAGUCAGCACAGAGGCGAAGUCACCAUGCAGUGGCACUGAAGUAUUUCCUCAGACUUUCUUUGGCUCCCUGGCCAUAUGCGCUGAAGUUCGGAUUCAAAGAGCACUUGUCUUUCUAACUGGGGAUCGAAGAGCAAUGAGAGAGAUGUUGUUCUUGUGUCAGUCAGUGGUAAGAGUCAUUUUUUAACUUUAGGGUGCUUACACACUAGAAAACACUCUUGAGGGAAUGCUUAAUUAAUUGAAAUGUGCAAGAGGGUGUGGAAAGAGCCGGACUGGAUAAUUCAUCCAGGAUAUUUCCCUGCCUUCGGCUCGAGACGCUGAGAUAGUUUCCAGGAUCCCUACGACUCUACAUCGAGCAAGUGGUUUUGGGUUACGAAUGGAUGGAAAGAACCAGGACUGUUUGAGGCCCUGUUUACAAGUGCGUUUUCGUUUUAAUACGCAUAACUUUUGCUACGUUUACGCCUGUCGUUUACAGUACUCCGGUGUUUUCGUCACUCGAAAACUGAGACUUAUGAAAAUGCUGCAGACCCCGUUUUAGAUCAAAAACUCCGGGGUUGCGUUUCAGUGUAAACAGACCAAACCGGAGACUUUUGAAAACGAUGGCGUGGCUGCCCACGUGAUCUCUGCGUAUCCUUGAUGACUGUGUAACCGUAUCGUGUCUCGUCGAGCAUGUCGCUGUAUUUGUUUUGGCUCGAUUGCCAAUCGACAUUUUCGUCCGCCUUUUAAUCAUUAGUGAGUAACAAUUCCACCUCAUCAUCUGUCCACACAAAGACGUCGUUGCCAUCAUGCUCAGUGUUGAACCUGCCAGUGACUAACAACUGACUUCUUGUUUACACUUUUACGUGCAUGCCCAGUGCGGAUCGUUUUAAUUCUAAAACACCGUUUUAAAAACGACAACGCACUAGUGUAAACAAAAAAAAACGCACUAGUGAUUUCUGAAAGCACAACCGGACCCAGUUCCCUGGGACUCUCAGUAGAUCCCUACAUCAGAGUGCAUUCCAGCCAGUACAAGUACAAAUUCCCUCCACUAUUGGUCACAUAACGGAGCAUCGAAAUCGACGAAUUCCCUGCAUUCUUUGACAUAGCGCGGACUAGUGUGUAGGCACCCUUAAUUGUUGUCAUGUUGCAAUUUGAAGGACUUUGCCUUUGCGAAGACUGAAGAUUUCUUUCUUACCUGUUCCUGGGAAGUAUAUCCAUAGAUGUUGUCCAUAACACAGCAGGCCUGCCUGAACAGCUGGAUUUCAUUUGAUCUCGGAUUAUUCAUUAUUAUCUGUUUAUGUAUCAACUGCUAAAUAAUAUGUGUAUGUGAUAAUCAAUGAUGGAUUUGUUGUGAUGUAUUGUGGGCCGUUUCAAAGCGAUGGGCUUGGUGGGCACUGUGAAGUGAAUGUUCAUGUGAGAAUGACUCGAGUCGGACUGUCCCUGAGGUCACAACAGGAAGACCCUAUGAAGGGACCAUCCCGAUUCAACCUGUGUUUCAACCCCACCAGACAAGAUACCAGAGGAGGACGACUGCCAACCAACAGGCUUCAUUUAGACUACAAAAGACUGAAACUGUCAGUAUUAUAUGACAUCGUACAUUGCAUUCAGAGAGUAUUCAGACCCUUUCAUUAUUAUUUUUUUUUGCAUUUUGCUGUAGCCUUAUGCUAAAACGUGUUUCAACACAACUCUAAACAACUCUUGCAUUAUCUUGUCUGUGCUUAGAGUCACUGGACCUGUCUGAGGUCUGGAGUGCUUUGGACCAGGUUUUCAUUAAGGAUAGCCCUAUAUUCAGUUUUCCUUCCAGCUUGAUCAUAAGUUACCCAGUCCAUGCUGUUGAAAAUCACCUCCACUUCUUCACCGGUGGGAUGGCAUUGCUUAAUUUGAAUCUGUUAAGGGGUAGGGAGUUUAGAUUGACGUGAAGGUCACAUUUACCAUUCUGCAAAUUUUCACAGGUGAAAUCCACUCAUUUCAAUAGCAAUUUCGCAUGAUUUCUUCACGUAGAUUUCGCCACAUGGACCCAGAACAUGGAAAAUCUGUGUGCAUGAAAAUUUUGCUGAAAAAAUGAAAACAUCGGAAUACUUUCUGAAUCCAUUAUAAUUAUUUCCUUAGUGGUGUUUGCAAAGGUAAGCGUCACAGAUACUGUCGUUUAUACUUAGGGCUUACGUGAAUAUUACACACAGUACAUAUUCGAUUCACUUGUAUCUGUAAAACCAGACCGGUCGAAAAACAAAAUCUCGUCAAGUUUCUCAACCUGACUAUCAUUAUUGUUGACUAAAUCCAGGGCUACAGUAUUCGACUUGUCCUCCUCUGUGGGAGAAAAUGUUUUUUCUCAAUUCAGAUCGACGCGGGAUCUUUGUGGGCCCCAGCAACACAUUUAGCACCAACUUGCUGAUUCUUCAGGGUGUGAAGUACUGGAGAUGUGUUGCUUUGAAUGCAUCUGUAUAUAUGCAAUUACACUGUAAAUAUACAUGAGCAGGAUCAAUCAUUCUUUGUACACUGAUGUCAAAUUCUUUCCAAACAGUACAUUGGCAGGACCUACUUUUAACAGCCGACUUCACGAGUUGUCGAACAGCGUCCAAUCAAGUCAAGUGUCGGUCAUUAUGGUCAUGAUCUUUUGAGCAGUGACUUGUGACCUCUUAGAGCUUUGCACUUUCUUUAUAGAUGUACUGCUCAUAUUUUUGUAGUUUUCACCCUACAAUUGUAAGCGCUGCAAAAAAAAAAAAAAAAAAAAGGAAAAAGAAAAUGCACUGAGAGAGGUUAUUUACAUUGAAGGGGGUUAUUUGCUAAUGUUACAGAUAUCGGAGAAAUGUAUUCAGUCAGUUAUGCUAAACAAUUUUUCUUGUGUUGUGGCAGACUGACUAUGUGAAGACUUUAUUGAUCAAACAUGGCUUUUUUUUGUUUUUUUUUGCUAUACAGAAUUCUGUGUGUUGUAAUAGCCAGCCGUACUUUAUAAUCCAUUCUGUACAGUUCUAAUAGAUGUCUAUAUAAAUGGUAUGUUCUCUCUAUAUAUUCGGUUUCAAACAGGCAUCGUGUCAAAUGUGUGACAUUAUAAAGGGAAGAAAAACAUCUCAUGGGCCUCUGGCAAUAUGUGAGUGUAAAUACAGGUUAUUAUGCGUGACAAGUUCUUUUUCCUGUGGUUGUUCAUCAUAAAAAUACAAUGCAAUUAUUAUUAUUAUUUUAUUUUAUCUGUAAUUGAUCAACUAGCCCUUUCCCCUGUGUAGUAAAUAAUUCAAUGUUUUUUGUUUUGUUUUUUUAACUGAGGGUUGAUUCAUGUCCAGGGGGAAAGUGCCAAGAGAAGCCCCAUCCUCUUUUGAUUUCUGGAAAGCUCUUAUCAUUGUAUAUGAAUGAAGAACUGUGACUGAGUACUGGAACACUGUUUAUGCAUUAUUUUGUAAGGCAAGAUUUUAUGCUCCACUGGGUGUAUCUCACUUAAAAAGUGUCGAGAAAUGUCCGGGUCAGCCCAAAAUCAAAAGAGAACAAAUACAUGAGAAGAAAAUAGGCCUAUUUAAGGUCAAUUAAGUUUGGUAUUUAUUAUAUAUAGUAUUAUAUUUUGGGAUGAAAUA